UAGAUAUCCAUAUAGAGAGAGAGUUGGAGCAUCGGGGCCAGCUGCAAGUGAUGUCUGAAAUGUCAAAAGCCAAUCGCAGGCAGGGGCACAGCUCCAACUUGAAGAGCAGCUUGCCGCGCUCAGACAGAAUGGAUUUCGACUUGCCGCAGUUUAUGCAACCGCUAUCGCGCAAAGUUCCGCCAAAUGAGCCGCAGCUGCGUCGUCGUCCCAAAUGGGAGAUUGUGCGCGAGCUGCGGCAUUUGAGAGCCCAGGGCUCCAGUGAUGAUAACGAUGCCGAUGAUAAGAUGGCGACAUUGGGGAUAUUGGGUACAUUGACGACGUCGGGUCAGCCGGUGCAGACACUGGACCAACUUGAUGCAUUGCGUCUGACGCGACAUCGCAUUGAGCAGCUGUUGCACAGCAGCAGCAGAUUCGACCAGGCGGUGCAGAGCUGCUUUGUGCGCGUCAACAUCAAUGGGGCUAAUGUGCCUCCCGAGCAUCGCAUGGCCCAGAUCUUCAACGUGGCCGAGCUGCCUUUGGGCUACUAUGUGGGGAAAACAGCCACCAACAUUGUGCUCCAUCUGCGCUACGAGAAUCUGUGCGUGAGUCAUGAGCUGAACGACAUCUCGAACAUGGCAUUCACACGCGAGGAGUUUGAUUUUUGGCACGACAAUUGCAUUUGCCAGGGCAUCGACUGGCCGACCAUGGAGCUUGUUGCCCGCAAGAAGAUCGAGCUGUACAAUGCCUUCAACAGCGAACUCAAAAUCGGCAGCAUGCUUAGGCAAAAGGCGCUUCUGGGAUUCUCGAUGCCGAUGCGACCCGUGCCCAAGGGUGAACUGCUCCAGCGUCUGGGUGGUGGGGUCUAUCCCUGGAAAUUGCAACGUCCAGCAAAAGAAGGAGAAGAAGCUGCUGCUGCUGCUGCUGCUGGAGCCCAAACUGACAAGCUCGAGCAGGGCGAACAUCCAUGAGCUGUAGCCGCAGGCAUUGAUGCACUGAUAAACUAAAAAAAAACACAAAUAAUUAAAGACACAAACAUGAAUUACGAAAACAUAUUGCUAUUGUUUCGAUUAACCAAAUCCAUUAGUUUGCUGCUGCUACAAGAUAAAUAAAUAAGC